AUGGUGACAUUACCAUCAGUUGAAGAACCCAUAAAUAAUGGGUCUAAAGCUCUGCAUACCAACUCUGAGAGAAAAUGCAGCGUAGCUGAGACCUAUAACGCCAAGAAUAUAACUUUGGCGUUUGUGCUUAGAACCAAGGUACACGGGCUGAAGUAUGUUUUUGCCCCUGAUAAAUCAAGGGCUCGGCGCUUGUUCUGGCUUUUGGCCAUUUUUGUCUGCUUGGGGCUUCUGUUCACGUGGUCAUGGAACCGUGUGCUCUAUCUUCUCUCCUACCCUGCCGUGACAAAAAUCUACAUGGUUUGGGCGCACAACAUGACAUUUCCAGCCAUCACACUGUGCAACCAGAAUCUCUUUCGCGUGUCCAGCCUCACUAAAGCGGACCUCUACUACAGCGGCUAUUGGAUGGACAUCAUGCAUCUUAACCACUCAAUGAACAAGCAGAGUGUGGCUAUGCUUAAGCACAGUCGCCACAGGGAGAGGAUGAUGCAGCUGCUGGACUUCUCCGACUACAGACCAUCUGCCCACUACGAGCAGAACACCACAGAGAUGAUCAGCAGACUGGGCCACCAAUUGGAGGACAUGCUUCUGGAGUGUAGGUUCAGAGGGGAAAACUGCACUUACAAGAACUUCACUACAAUUUAUACAAGAUAUGGCAAAUGCUACACUUUUAACUCAGGCUUGGAUGGCAACCCUUUGCUGACGACAUUAAAAGGUGGCACAGGCAAUGGGCUGGAGAUAAUGCUGGAUAUUCAGCAAGAUGAAUACCUGCCAGUGUGGGGAGACACAGACGAAACCUCGUAUGAAGCAGGCAUCAAAGUUCAGAUCCACAGCCAGGAUGAGCCACCCUUCAUAGACCAGCUGGGAUUUGGUGUGGCCCCUGGUUUUCAAACUUUUGUGUCUUGUCAGCAGCAACUGCUUCAGUAUCUUCCGCCGCCCUGGGGCGACUGCAGGUCCGCUCCCAUGGACUCAGAGUACUUCUCCACUUAUAGCAUAACAGCCUGUCGCAUUGACUGUGAAACCCGCUAUCUGCUCGAGAACUGCAACUGUAGGAUGGUUCACAUGCCAGGUACCUCCACAGUGUGCACACCAGAGCAGUAUAAGGACUGUGCAGACCCUGCCUUGGAUUUUCUCGUCGAGAAAGACAACGAUUACUGCGUGUGUCAGACACCUUGCAACAUGACCCGAUAUGGCAAGGAGCUUUCAAUGGUGAAAAUACCCAGCAAAGCUUCUGCCAAAUACCUGGCCAAGAAGUUCAACAAAACAGAACAAUACAUUGGAGACAACAUAUUAGUUCUUGAUAUCUUUUUUGAGGCUCUGAACUAUGAAAAGAUUGAGCAGAAGAAAGCAUACGAAGUGGCUGGACUACUUGGUGACAUUGGUGGACAGAUGGGUCUGUUUAUAGGAGCCAGUGUUCUGACAAUACUGGAAAUAUUUGACUACUUGUACGAGGUAUUUAAGGACAAAGUAUUGGGCUACUUCCUGCGCAAGGGACGGCCACGCCGGAGCGCAAGCGAUAAUCUGGACUACCCCGAGAACCCCACCAGCCCUGCUGUCACGCCUAAUCAUGUCCCCAGCUUUCAUGACGGAGAUGAUGUUUUGCACAAGUUCAGAGCACAUGUGACACACUCCGGAGUCACUCGGACAGCCUCGGAUUCGCGCCGAACAUGCUACCUAGUCACCCGACUGUAGGCAACUUCGAGGAGUUUGCUUGUUGAUGAUGCAGGAGGCGGGGCGUGAAGAGGACAAUUAGGGUUUGACAGCAAACUGUGAUAUAACUUGUAUACUCCAAACUAUGUGUAAGUCCACAACACAGUACAUGAUGACUAGCUCAGUAAGUCAGUAAAUAAACGCCUGAAUAGACACCAAUCUCACCAUAAAGUACAAAUAGGCAACACUUCCAAAACAAUACUCAGGUUUUAUUAGCAUAACUCAGUCAUCUUGAUGCCACCUGUUUGUUUCAUGUUGUGAAAAUGCUAGUAAACUGUUAUCAAAGAUUUAAAAAAAAAAACAAGCCAGAGACUCAGAGAGCCUCUUUAGGCUUUCAGUGAUUUUUGUGAACCAAAAAGCAUCAUUUGAAAACCGCCAUUGAGAGUAAACUGAACAACAAGGCACACAAUUGCACAAAAAAGUUGGAGAAGGUAAACUGGCGGCGACAUUUACAUCCGUCAACAAGUAGGAGUUUUUACUGUCAUGUGCUCAACAGGCCUCAUUGAAUUUCUCUUUAUGGUAGUGCUCAUAAGAAUUUCAAGAAGUCCAAAUCAUCCAAAAUGUUUAUCUCUGUUUACAUUACAUGUAUAUAAGUGCAAUAAUAUGCAUAAUGUGUUAGAAUAACAAAUGUAUUACCCUCACGUCUUAAGUAAUAGUUGUCAGGAGGAAAGAAAGAAAGAAAGAAAGACAGAGAUCUGGUUCUGGUUCUUUGCGUCAGCUGUAUUUUACAUUUGAUAAGCAUUGUAUUUCUGUUUGUCUGUUUAUUUCUAUGACCUAUAUAUUCUGGUAUUAUGAAAUACAGAUGAGACUUAAAAUUUGCAGUUUGUCAUACAUUUGUGUGGGUAGUCUGAAAGAUCCAGGUUUUAGCUCAUCAAGCACCUCUGUGUGAAACACUCUCUUUCAACGAUGGCCCGAUGACAAAUACAUCCAAAGCUGCCCCAACCAAACCUGUGAAUAAAGCAGCAGUUUUUAGAAUUUAUGGUUUGCUAACUCAUCUGUCCCUCAGUCAGCUGUGAGUGAGUGAGUAAUGGCAGACGGCUGAUUUACUGGCUGUGUUUAUUAAAAGGCAUAUCAGUGACAGGAUAUAAAGCAAAGAUUGCAGUUGAACAGUGAUUUAUAAAAUAUACGCCUAAUUCCUUUGGAAUUGCUUCAGUCCUAAUCUGUUCCUUGCAGCUUUCACAGAUCAGCGUUCAAGGCUCACCUAGCAUAUACAUUUGUGGUGAAUUCUGGAAUUUACUGCAAACGUCUUCCUUUCUUCCCUGCAUGCACACCUCAUCACCUGCACACAGAAAGCUUGAUGGCCUGCCACAUGCUCAGAGCGUAGCAAUAGAGUGAGGGAUGGUAUCACAAAACAUUCACCCUCAUUUAAUUUUGCUUCUGCGUUCCGCUACACUGUAUAAUUGCAUUGUUUUAUAUCAAUUACAAAGGGAUUUCUAGCACAUGUUAUCCAUAUUUUAAAACAGUUGGUUGUGAAGUGUAAAUCAACCUAUAUAAUAAACAAUAUAUUUAAUCAUCUCUUAA